GUAUAGUGGUGGAGGCACUCUACUAGCUGCACUCUUCCAUCUUUCCUCGUUGCAGCGUCUGUGCGAGGAUUUCACAAAAUGAGCGCGCAGCUCCGAGCUCUUAGCCGCCCGGCCCUUGCGCCUCAGUGCAAGUCGGCACGGGUAUGCCGUCGCGCUUUCGCGGGGGCGCGUCGGCCGCUUCCUCGCCCAGUCAGGGCGACGAGCGAGGAGGUUGACCUGGAGGUCCAGGUGGAGCAGUUCAUGAAGCGGCAGGCGGAGAUUGAGUCGGGAGCCGCGUUCGUGCGCCCCAAGGACCUCGCCACGAUUAUUGGUGGCGACGUCGUGAGCGAAGAGAUGGCCCAGCGCUAUUGCGCGGACAUUUUUGAGGUGCUGAAGACGCUGAAGCGCACUCGUGACAUGUCCUUCAACGAGGUGAAGCUGAUUGUGUCCAUUGAGGACCCGCGCGCCCGCGAGCGCCGCGCGCAGGAUAUUGAGGACGAGCGCGGCGUGUCUCGCGAUGAGAUGGCGCAGGCGCUGAUUGAGGUGGGCGAGGGCCGCGUGCCCAACGACCGCAUUGCGCUCAAGUGCCUGCACGACGAGAUGCUGGGCUGGCCCUUCCUGGAGGUGGCCACGGAGGCGCCGGCUGCGCCGAAGGGCACUGUCGCUGCCGCCCCUGCGGCACCCGCCAAGCCGAGCGCCUCGGACUACGCGUCCCUGAUGGGAGGUGACACGGUGGUGAAGCCGUACGUCAUGGGGGACAACCUGCGCGAGGGCGAGAAGCCGCAGAACCUGACGGACAUGCUGCCGGGCUGGGUCGGGUACGGCGUGCUGUACGGCGUGAGCGCCAUCCCCGUGCUGCUGGUGAUUGGCACCAUCCUCAUCCUGUUCUACAACUCUCUCAAGUAAACAGCACGGCGAUUUGGCUGCCUGGCGGUUGCAACGCACGAGCACGAGCAGCAGCAGGGGUUGCUCAGGACCUGCGUUGCCGCAGGAGCAGCUAUGAGGACAACGGCGGCCGCCGCGGCUGCGGCGGUUCCUGUGGCAAUUUGGAAUGCGGGCUCUUGCUAUGGUCCCGGGAUGGAUGACUACCCGCCGGCAGUAGCGGUCGCUGGUGAAGGGGGUGUCUGGCGGCCCUGCGGCAGUCUGCAUCCAGGCAGAGGCGGCCUGACUGCUCCGCCGCAUCCUGGCGACUGGAGGUGGCGAAGAGCCGUUGGAGUUGUAGAAAGGGGAGCGGGCGGAUUGGGUUGGUUGCGAGGUUGGUAGAGUCAUUUAUAGCUUUUAUAGCCGUAUGCACUGCAACGCCCGUCCUGGGAGGACUGUGCUGCCGCGACACGUGCGGAAGGCACGUUGACUCGAUGGUGACCUUGUAGAUGACUGACGGACUGAACGAGGCCUUCUGAGCAUGGGGACUACUACUGGACACUUCCCGCAGCGCGCGCGGGAGUUUUGGGCUGCGGCAUGAAUCGCAUGGUGUAGCGGUAUUGGUGUUGGACUAAUGGCGGGAAGAAGAGCGAAGCCUUGGGACGCAACAGGUUUCACAGAUGUGUCAACACGAGACGGAUG